AUGGAUAUCCAGGAGACACAGCGGCUUCUCACGGAGUAUCUCCAUGAGCUCGCUGCCUUGUUCCACCGGGUCCCCGGCUCUGCGAUCUUUCUCCGCUAUGUGAAGUCCAGCUACCAGAACGACCCAAUCCGCUCGGCCGUGGAGCUUUUCUUGUUCCUGUUCGCCGUUCGCUACCUUCUUGCGCCGAAGUAUUCGACCAAGCCCGGUGUGGUCCAACUCUCGGAAGAUGAGAUUGAUGAUUUGGUCGACGAAUGGACUCCGGAGCCGCUGGUCGGAAAGCCGACUCCCCUGGAGGCCAUGGAAGUGGACAAACGUACUGUCAUCGUCGGCCCCGUAGGCCCGAAAUCCAAGCUCGCCAGCGGCCGGACGGUGAUGAACCUGGGCUCGUACAAUUUCUACAAUUUCAACACGAACGAGUCUCUCAAGGAGAAGGCGAUCCAGACCCUCCGCAACUACGGGGUCGGACCCUGUGGUCCGCGAGGCUUCUACGGUACCCAGGACGUGCACAUGAAGACCGAGGCCGACGUCGCCUCGUUCCUCGGCACCGCAUCCUGCAUCAUCUACGCCCAGGCCUUCUCGACCAUCUCCAGUGUGAUCCCGGCUUUCUCCAAGCGGGGGGACAUCAUCGUGGCCGACAAGGGGGUCAGCUUUGCGAUCCGCAAGGGUAUCCAGAUUUCGCGCAGUAUUGUCCGGUGGUACGAGCACAAUGACAUGGAGGAUUUGGAACGGGUCCUGGCCAAGGUGACCAAGGAGCAGGCGCGAAAGCCUCUCACCCGACGGUUCAUCAUCACCGAGGGUCUGUUCGAGUCGUAUGGUGAUAUGGUUGACCUGCCUAAAGUUAUUGAGCUGAAACUGAAGUACAAAUUCCGCCUCAUCCUCGACGAGACCUGGUCGUUUGGUGUUCUGGGACGCACCGGUCGUGGUGUGACGGAGCAUCAGAACGUUGACGCGGCAGAAGUCGACAUGAUUGUGGGAUCGCUGGCCGGCCCGUUGAUUGCUGGUGGAGGCUUCUGCGCGGGAUCGGAGGAGAUUGUGCACCACCAGCGGAUCUCCGCGGCGGCGUACACGUUCUCGGCCGCGUUGCCGGCUUUGCUGUCGACCACCGCCAGUGCCACGAUCAACAUGCUGCAAAACAGCCCCGAGACGGUGACGCAGCUGCGGGAACACACCAGGGCCAUGUGGGCGCAGCUGGACCCUCGCAGCGAUUGGGUGUACUGCACCAGUGCCCCUGAGAAUCCCAUGAUGAUUCUGGUUCUCAAGCCCGAGGUGGUCAACGCGAAGAAGCUUUCUGAGGACGAGCAACAAUUCUUGCUGCAGGAUGUCGUUGAUGAGUGUCUUGCCAACGGUGUCCUUAUCAGCCGCCUCAAGACUCUCCAGGACAACUUCGAGCCGAAGCAGGUUGUGGCGCCCGCUCUUAAGGUGUGUGUGACGAUCGGCUUGACGCGCAAAGAGAUCGAGAAGGCGGGAACAAUAAUCCGCCAUGCGAUCACGAAAGUGCUGAGCAAGCGGAAGUAA